AUGUCUUUGAACUCUUCGAUCUGGGCCAGCCCAUCGACAGACUCAGAAGAUAGAAGUGCGCUCGACUCUAAAACAAAUGGCUUGGGAUCCAGCAUGUGGGCAAGCGCAAGCGUGUCUAGCACUCAGAGGAAGUCCAGGAGAAAGUCUUCAAGUUGCAACCGCAAGAAGGAGCCUUCAAGGACUAACAAACAAGAAAAGCCUUCGAAGCCCUCGACAGGCAACGCCCUAGCCGCUAGGCUUGGCAUGUUGGAUUUGAAUAAACCACUAGACUCGCCUCAGAAGCAAGAAGGUCCAAAGAAAAAUAGAAGAGCUAGCCCACCGCAGGAGAAAAAGAGCUCUAAUUCACUGGCCGCAAGGCUAGGCAUGGUUGAAGACAGUGAAUCGAGCGGUGAUUCUGAUUCCGAAGAUGUUACCAGGCCGUCCACUAGCGACAAAAAAAGCAUCUUCGAUCGGAUAAAACCUAAAAGAGAAACUAAGAAUGACUCAAGCUUGGAACGCGGUUCGGGCGCUGGUAAGCAAGCGGCAAAGCAUGGUUCGAAGAUGGAGCUGCUGAAGCAAAAAGUUGAGGAGCAAAAGAGGAUUAAAGAAACCAAUCAGCACAAAUCCCAGCAAACAGAGCUUCUCAAAGACUUUUUAAAUGAUGACGCGAGCUUCAACUGGGAGGACGAGCUUUGA